AUGAAGCAUUACACAGCGAGAAGCCAAUCUGUUCUUCUGCUAUCCGACAAAGAAAAAUCUCCAAUUUUAACAAGUGUUCGCUUGCAAAUGAUUGAUUUAAAGCUAAACAAUAAUCCUCCGCUCCCUAUUAUUGUGAAAAAUAAUAAGAACAAAAUUCAUUACAGAUCAUGCCCAAAAAGAAAAAUAGUUGAUACUCAGCUAUGAAAAGCCAGAGUAACUGAUAGUAAAAUCCAGCAGAAAAUUGAUAUGCAGCGCUCUGUCAGUUUGAAAGAUAUUUUAAAAUUAAACUCCAAGCCAAAUUUAGGAUUGAUGAAAAGAGCUGAGUAUGUUAAUAAAAAUCCAAGGUGGUCGACUUCAUUGCAAAAUUCAUAA